AUGGCGGUAAUGUUCAGGUUACUCACCCUCUUUUCAUUUUCCGUGUUUAUUAGCUCCGUCUUCGCAUCGGCUCCAUCUCAGGACUGGCAACAUGUCGCAGCCACCUUGCGCAGCACGUUGGACGUGCUCCAGCUGUCCCACAAGCAAUACCUUGCGCAAGUGACAAACCGGCACUCCAGACGAGACUCGACUUUUCGAACCGGUCCGGCAGGCUAUUGGCAACCUCUGGCUGCCAAUCAACGUCUUGAUGCCUCCGACGACUUCUCAAGACAGCUGCACGACCUGAUCGACGAGAUCGGCAGCGCCGUGCAACAGCUCAUCGAGUUGCUGGCUUCGCAGUUCGACAACAUCGGAGGCCUACUGAUCAGCACCUCCGCCUCUUCACCUCCAGUCGCGUCGCCCACUACAGCUCAACCAUCAAUAUUGCCCAUAACGAACCUCAACACGCCUCCCACGGCGACAACUACCUCCCGAAACAUUGUUCCCGAUCGCCCCCUAUAUACGUCGACGUCCGCUCCACCGUCAGCAACGUACACCUUCAACCCCCGCGCCACCGAUCUUAAUGUGGUGUACUACUCCCAGACCGACCUUACACCUGUGAUCUCUCUGACGGAAGUAUGCGACGACCCUGCAAUCGACAUGGUCAUCCUCGCCUUUGUCACGCACCUCGUCUCCGAUGGCGGCUAUCCAGCAAUGAACAUGGCUUCGAAUUGCUGGGCCCCGAAUGCGGCGCAACAGGCAGCUGGAGCGACGGGUCUUCUGGACUGCGUGGGCGACGGCUUUGCCAGCAAGAUUGCCCGUUGUCAACAGCAAGGCAAGAAAGUCAUGCUGAGUCUGGGCGGGUCCGUAGGAGAUUUGUCCGUGAGCAGCGACGCCCAGGCCGAGCAAGUUGCCAACACCCUGUGGGAUCUAUUCCUGGGCGGGACAAAUCCAACAAGCGCACCCUUGAGACCGUACGGGAACGUCGUCCUGGACGGCAUCGACAUUGACAACGAAUCUCCCUCCGGCUCAAUCUACCUCCCCACCCUAGCCCGCACCCUUCGACAGCUGAUGUCCACGGCGCCUAAACCGUACUACCUCUCCGCCGCGCCGCAAUGUCCCCGCCCGGACGCCUCGGUCCCGGUCCCGGCCCUCCUGCCGUACAUGGACUUCUUCGCCGUGCAAUUCUACAACAACCCCUCCUGCCAGCUCGGCCAGCCCGGCCAGCCCGGCCAACCACCCACAGUCGCGAACGAAGGCUUCUUCUCCUCCCUGCAAGACUGGUCGAACGACCUCCUCGCUCUCGGGUCCCUGGUCUCGGGUUCUCGAGUCAUGACCCGUUCUAGCCCCCGAUCCGUGGGAUUCCAGAACAUCAACAACGGCAUCGACUCUCCGAGACUGUUGAUCGGCACACCUGCCUUUGCGGGGGCUGGGUCCGGCUACGUCGAUGUCCCGACCUACAAGACCAUGAUGCAGCGCGUGAGAGGGCUCGAUCUGCCGAACCUUGCCGGCGCCAUGUUCUGGGACGGGGCGUACCAGGAAAUUAGUGCGACGGGGGUGGGGAAUGACGGCAUCAACGCCACGUUUGCGGAGGUUGUCAAGCAGGUCUUUGCGUAG